AGAGAACAAAACAAAGAGAGACAGUGGGGAUCCUAACAGGAGCUCGGCGUCUCUCCCAUUGAGCCAUUCCCGUAUCUCUCCCUUACAAUCACAAAACCUAGCUUUCUACUUCUCUCUCUACUUCUAUCUCUCUCUCUCUACUUCUCUAUUCGUUUUCCAAACCCAUGCCCUACCAACCUCGAUCUCUCUUCCCCCUCCAAGACAUCACCGUCCGAUCCCAAAAACCCUUAUUCCCUCCACACCAUUCUUGUCCAAAUUGAGAGGGUCUUUCUCUGUUUGUACGUCCAGACAUAUUAGUGACCGAUAUAUGAACGGCCACAGAGCUUGAAAUCUUUGGCCUUUUCGAAUCCCGGACAUCGUGUAAGAGCUAGUGAGGUAUUUGGACAGAAAUUAUGUAUCGGGAUCGAGGAGGUGGAGGUGGGUCGUCGAGAUCGGAGAUCGUGGCAGGCCCGCUGGAUCGCAAGCGCAUCAACGAUGCGCUGGACAAGCACCUAGAGAAGUCGUCCCCGUCCACUUCGAGGGGUGGUCUCAACAGUAAGGACAAAGAAAAGCUCUCUGUGCCCUCCACGUCCACCGGUAAACCGCAGCAGCUUGAUCCUCGCGAUUCUCGCCCAACUUCGCUUUCCAAGAACAAGUGUUCCGAUGAGGAAUCUGAAACAGACAGUGAAGAGUCGGAUGUUAGUGGUUCUGAUGGAGAUGAUACAUCAUGGAUUUCUUGGUUUUGCAAUUUGCGCGGAAAUGAAUUUUUCUGUGAAGUUGAUGAUGAAUACAUUCAGGAUGAUUUCAAUCUUUGCGGCUUGAGCAGUCAAGUUCCAUAUUAUGAUUAUGCACUUGACCUGAUUUUGGACGUUGAGUCUUCUCAUGGCGACAUGUUCACUGAAGAGCAGAAUGAAUUGGUUGAGUCAGCAGCAGAGAUGCUGUAUGGUCUUAUACAUGUUCGAUACAUACUGACCAGCAAGGGAAUGACCGCAAUGUUAGAGAAGUACAAAAACUAUGAUUUUGGAAGAUGCCCUAGAGUUUACUGCUGUGGACAACCCUGCCUCCCAGUUGGUCAGUCAGACAUUCCUCGCUCAAGCACUGUAAAAAUCUACUGCCCCAAAUGUGAAGAUAUAUAUUACCCUCGAUCCAAGUACCAAGGCAAUAUUGAUGGCGCUUAUUUCGGAACCACGUUUCCCCACUUAUUUCUAAUGACAUAUGGACACCUAAAGCCACAAAAAGCAACACAGAGCUAUGUUCCAAGAGUUUUUGGCUUCAAGAUCCACAAGCCGUGACAUUAGAGGUGGGAGUUACUAUUUUUGUGAUCAAUUAUCCAAUUGUCCAUUUGUGGUGGCCCUCAUCUUUCCUCGUGCUUAUGUUGAAAUAUGUGUGGCUCUAACAAGCAAGAUGAAAUGCAAGAGUACUGGAUUUGAUUUGCCAAUGAAAAUGUUUAAAGUGAAAAUCUGCCUAUUAGCAGUGCAAACCUAUCCUUUUAUUUGAUUUCUUGAUUUUAACAAGAGCGUUUGUAAGCUUCUCUCUUUAUCAUGGGUUGAGGAUAGGACGGGUGCUUUGCAGUUCUCCUUGCCUUAGUUACUUUUCUGUGAUUUUGUAGUAGUCGAGUAUUCACCAGCUUCUUAAAUUUAAAACAUAUUGGUGAGAGAUAUCGUAAGGCUUGUCAAAAUCGACAUAUCACUGAUUUCGGAGA